AUGACUCUACAAGACGCUCCUAGACAAUCUGCUUCUGAGAGCGCCGCCUCCAAUGAAAGCACCCCGCGUACCAAGAUCUGCGUGUACUGCGGGGCAAGCGGCGGCGACAACCCAGCUCACAUGAAGAUGGCACGUCAGCUGGGCGAGGCCAUGGCGGCCAGGAACAUUGACCUAGUGUACGGCGGCGGCACGGUUGGUCUGAUGGGCGAGGUGGCCAAGACGUUGGUGUCCAUCAACGGCCCGGACUCGGUCCACGGCAUCAUACCCGAGGCCCUGGUGCGGUAUGAGCGUGAUGACACCUACCAGACUGUCAACUCAGCCAAGCAGGUUGUGCCCGACGAGGCCGUGUACGGUCGCACUACCGUGGUCAAGGACAUGCACACGCGCAAGAAGAUGAUGGCCGAGGACGUCUUCGCCGGCGGGCCGGGCAGCGGCUUCAUCGGCCUGAGCGGCGGCUACGGCACUGUCGAGGAGAUCUUCGAGACCACCACGUGGAACCAGCUGGGCAUCCACGGCCGGGGUAUCUGCCUGCUCAACGUCCAGGGUUACUGGGACGGCAUCGUCCAGUGGGUUGACAAGGCCGUCGACCAGGGCUUCAUCCGUGCUGCUAACAAAGGCAUCCUCGUCACCGCCACCACCGCCGACGGCGCCAUCGAGGCCCUAGCCAACUACAAAAUCUCCGACGCCAUCUACAAGCUUAGAUGGGAAAACCACUAA